AUGGCUUACGCCACCCUAACCUUGUCCAAACUCUUCUUUCUACGCUACGCAGAUGUGAACGAAUGUGCAGACACAACCACCUGCCCACCUUAUUCCACCUGCACCAACACCUGGGGCAGUUACUACUGCACUUGCAAACGGGGCUUCCUGCCCAGCAGAGGGCAGAUGAACUUCAGGGACCCAGGGGUGGAAUGCAAAGAUGUCGAUGAGUGCUCUCAGACACCCCCACGCUGUGGACCUCACUCAGUCUGCAGAAACCUGCCAGGGAGAUACCACUGCAGCUGUUUGAGUGGCUUCUCUUUGCCUACUGGAAACACUUGGAUCCCAGCAAAGGCAAACAGUUCCACCUGUUCAGAUAUCAACGAGUGCCUGAACAUCAAUGCCUGCCCAGAGAAUUCUGCCUGCGUCAACUCCGUGGGGAGCUACAGCUGCCACUGCCAUGAUGGCUUCAUCCUCAAGAACUCCACUUGUGAAGAUAUCAACGAGUGCCUGAACAUCAAUGCCUGCCCAGAGAAUUCUGCCUGCAUCAACUCCGUGGGAAGCUACAGCUGCCACUGCCAUGAUGGCUUCAUUUUCAAGAACUCCACUUGUGAAGAUAUUGAUGAGUGCGUGAGCAUGUGUCGCUCCAAUGCAACAUGCACCAAUACUCCAGGGAGCUACUCUUGCACCUGCCUGCCUGGGUUUGCUCCAAGCCAUGGAGAGCUGACCUUCACAGGCGAUGGGAUAGAAUGUAUAGACAUUGAUGAGUGCUUCCAAGAUCCAUCGCCAUGUGGCCCCAAUUCCGUCUGCACCAAUGCUCUGGGAUCCUACAGUUGUAGCUGCAUGGUGGGCUUUCAUCCUGACCCAGAAGGCUCUUGGAAAGAUGGCAACUUCAACUGCAAGAGGGCUCCCUUCAAGUGUAAAGAAGAUGUCAUACAUGGCAAUGAACAGGUCCAGCGAUGCCAGGGCAGGGCAGCAGUGGAGGCUGAAUAUGUGUCCUUCUGUAUGCUAAUGAAUGCCACCUUCAGCAUUCUGGACGAAGCUUGUGGAAACAAAACCACCAGCACUUCUCUGGAGAGAACUGUUGAGAGUUUCACUCCUUUGCUUGAACAAACAUCCACGUGGUCCAACUUCACCAGGGAAGAGAAGUCCACACUGGCCACAGCUGUGCUGGAGAGCGUGGAGAGCACCAUACUGGCAGCGUUCCUGAAACCCUCAGAGAACAGCACGCAGAUUGUCCAGACUGAAGCCUUAGACAUUGAGAGCAAAGUUAUCAACGAUGAAUGCACUGAAGAGAAUGUCGCAUUUAACUUGCAAGCCAAAGGGGACAGAAUGAAGAUCAGAUGUUCCACCAUUGAGGAAUCUGACUCCACCGGCACCACUGGGGUGGCUCUUGUCUCCUUUGUGGGCAUGGAGUCUGUUUUAGAUGAGAGCUACUUCCAAGACCCCCAGGACUCCUUGAGCAACUCCAAGAGGAAACUGAAGCUGAAUUCUCGAGUCAUUAAGGGCAUCAUGACUGGAGAGAAGAAAGACGAAUUCUCAGAUCCAAUCAUCUACACUUUGGAGAACAUACAGCCAAAGCAGAAGUCUGAUAAGCCUAUAUGUGUUUCGUGGAGCAUGGGCACAGAGAGUGGGAGGUGGACACCCUCUGGUUGUGUGGUCCUUGAAGCUUCUGAGACUCAUACUGUCUGCAGCUGUAAUCGGAUGGCGAACCUGGCCAUCAUCAUGGCUUUCGGGGAACUCACGAUGGAGUUUUCCUUGUACGUAAUUAGCCAUGUGGGCAUGAUCAUCUCCCUGGUGUGCCUUGCCUUGGCCAUCGCCACAUUCCUGCUGUGCCGUGCCAUCCAUAACCACCAUACCUACCUCCACCUGCACCUCUGUGUGUGCCUGUUCCUGGCCAAGAUGCUCUUCCUCACUGCGGUCGACAAGACUGACAACCAGAUUGGCUGCGCCAUCAUUGCCGGCAUCCUGCACUACCUCUUCCUCGCCUGCUUCUUCUGGAUGCUGGUGGAAGCCCUGAUGCUUUUCCUCAUGGUCAGGAACCUGAAGGUGGUCAACUACUUCGGCACUCGCAACAUCAAGAUGCUGCACCUCUGUGCCUUUGGCUACGGGCUCCCAGCACUGGUGGUGGUCAUUUCUGCCAGUGCACAGCCACAGGGCUAUGGGACACAAAAUCGAUGCUGGCUGAAUAUAGAGACGGGGUUCAUCUGGAGUUUCUUGGGGCCAGUUUGCACAAUCAUAAUGACUGCAGAAAUCAACACCAUCCUCCUCACCUGGACGUUGUGGAUCCUGAGGCAGAAGCUUUCCGGCGUCAGUGCUGAAAUCUCGACACUCAAAGACAAUAGGUUACUGACAUUCAAGGCCUUUGCCCAGCUCUUCAUCUUGGGUUGCUCCUGGGUCCUGGGCAUUUUCCAGAUUGGACCCAUGGCUAGUUUCAUGGCCUACCUCUUCACCAUCAUCAACAGCCUGCAGGGGACCUUCAUCUUCCUCAUCCAUUGUCUGCUCAACCGCCAGGUGCGAGAAGAAUACAAGAAGUGGAUCACCAGAAAGUCCAAGCCCAGCUCCCAGUCCCAGACCUCAGGGGUCUUGUUGUCAUCCAUUCCCUCCACUUCCAAAACGGUGAGAGAACUUGACCCAUGUUCUUGUCAGGUGGAAUGA